AGCAACAGGACUCAGAUUUAUAUAUCUGUUUUUCAGGAAUGUCAGAUGAUGAGCAGAGUGACUCUCCAGCCAGUAACACCAGACAAAGACACCCUCAUUUAGGUAGGCAAUCAUUCACUCCCAUAUCAGACAGAAUGAAACGGUACCAGUCUGGCAGCACAGAAGAUCUACAAAGGGAGCCAGUCAGGUCAUCACCAAGAUCUCCAGGAAGACCGAGAAAGAACCAGUCUGCGAAAUCCUCAGGUAGUCCAAGUACAAAGAAGAGAUCUCCAAAGCAGCAAAAAGGGAAACUUUACCCAGAUUUACCAAAGACAAAACUAUAUCCUAAAGUUAAUGAUGAUAACAAUGAUGAUGAAUAUGGUGAAAGUGAUGUAGAUGAGGAUGAUGAUGUUGAUGAUGAAGUUGAUUUUCUUGACGAAAGCCUGGACCAUUCUGGAAGGAGAAGGGCAAAUAGAGCUGCUGAUGAUCUUUCCAAGAAAAGAUCAGAACCAGAGAAAAAACAUGAUUCGCCACUGGUAAGAAGGCGUGGACAGACUAACAAAAGACAUGACCCUCACAGUGGGGCAGCAGAUGACGCACAUGAUCAAACACAGUAUGAUGUGAUACCAGUGCUAAUUCUAGUCUUUGGUAUCAUAGCAGUAGUAAUAGGAGUAAUGAUGUAUUUUAAACAACGGCCAUCUGAUGAACCAAUGAAAAGUGGUCCAUCUAUUGAUUAUUAUAGGUUAUAUAAACCUUCAUUAGAACAAAUAAAAGCAAAAUAUCCUUCUCAGAGUUCGAGAUUUUGGAGAGUUGUAAACUCAUCUAUAAAAAGACUUUUGACAGAAAAGACUGAGACUUACCCAGCUGUAUUGUUGUUCGGAAUUCCAGAAAUUGGCUCGGAAACAGGGACAUGCAUUUCUAAAGAUAUAAUACGGUCUUUGAAUGAUCUAUUCAACGGUACAGAAGACGGUUACAUUUAUUCAGGCAACCUUAAUUCGGAAACUGAAGGGAAAAUGAAACUGGAUUUGGACAAGAAAUUGAUAAAAAAUUUGGAGAAUGGUAAAGGCGUUAUACUUGAUCAUAUCGAAAAACUUCCUGCUCAAACAGCACUUCUGUUGCAUGGUUAUUGCGAUGGCGAUAAUGCACCUUAUAAAAGUGCUGCUAUUAUCCUAGGCUUACAUAUCAAUUCAACUAAACAGUUACAUGACCAAGAUGACUUUAUUGAAGAUAUCCUGAAUGGUCUUUGGGAAAAGGAUUUAGGUGUUGAUGAGAUGCCAGCGUUGAGGAGUAGGAUUGCAAAUAGUAUAACUGUUGUUAACCCUGAACCCAACAUAAAAUGUUGAUAAAGUGAUAUAAAAUAUAUAUCUGUUUAGAUUUGACAAACUUGAAUUUCUGUGUUGUGCACUUGUGAAAAGAAAUGCCAUUUCACAUUGAUAAUGUCUCAGAGAAGUUAUUCUCAUUGUAAUCUUUGUAAAGCUCAGUGGAUUUAUUUGAAAGAAUUAAUUGCCGACAGACAUCUAUUUUUCAAGCAAUCACAUGCUUUUAAAUUUGACAUUUAUUAGAUGUAUCGAAAUCAUGUAGUAAUUAGCUAGAAACAACGUGUAAUUUUUCUUGGAGUGCUAUUAGCUUGGAAUUCACAAUAACAAUUUCUGUAAAUGUUGCAAGGCAUGAUCAAUUAGAUGAAAAGCUAAAUUUAUUUUAAUGCUUCAUUUUUCAGGAAAUUGCAUGUUGAUUCUCUAAGAAAUUUCUAAAGCUGUUAUUAUGAUUGUAUUUUAAAACCAUUCUUUCACGUUUCUAAUUGUUUUUUAAUUAAUAGCUUGUAUUUCACAGGAGAGGCCAUUAUAGCAGUGUUUCAAAAUUUAUAACAAAGAUGCUGGAUUAAAUUUCUUCUUUGUUAUCCAUAAAUGAAAAAUAUGUAUGUUAAACUUAUUUACAGUCAGAUAUAAAAGUAUUCUUAGAAUUAUUUAAGUAGUAAUAAUUGUAAAUACUUUCAACAUAUUUGUUUUUCAUGACAAUUUGUUUGAAAUAUCACACAUUGCUUAAGCGUUGAAAGGACCAUGAUUUGUACAACUUGUUUUUGUGCCUCACCUCCCAAAACAAUGGGAGUGCACCUAAGAGUUGCCCUUUUCCGUCUGUUCAAAUUUGUGUCAUGCAUUAUCUCAAAAAAUAUUUGAUCCAGAGUCAUUAAACCUCCCAGUUUUGUUAUUCAGCAUGGGAAGUUGUGCACCAGGGCUUUUAAUUUGGAUCUAACACAUCCAGACCAGUUAUGGCCUUUGACUUGGUAAAAAAUAAACAUAAAAUGUGGCAUGUAUCUUCCUGCUAUAUUGUCAACACCAGGAACGUGUGUCUGGUCCGGUCCGAUGUGCUUGCCUUUCCACCUACACUCAAAAUUUGGACUUAAGUACGUCCAGGUCUCAUUGGCAGCUGUACUUAUAGUCAUUAAUUGGCAACAAAAUUCAUUCUGUUUGGUCAAAACUGUCUGGGAAUUGCAGAGAGGUAAUCUUUAUCCCUAUUUGGCAACAAAAACUCCUUUUAAGAACAUAAAAAAGGACAUGUUCGCAGUCUAUACUCUACAGGGCAUUUUGUCACUUCAUUGUGUCAGAAAGGGCAGAUGGACCGUAAUUAAACUUAAACACUGACUGGGUGGCAUGUAUCUCAAGAAGUAUUUGACAAAGGAUUAUGAAAUUUACAUGAAUAUUAUUCAGCAUGUAAAGUUGUGCACUUGGGAUUUUGUUAGAGACAUCACUCAGCCAGACCAGAGUUAUUGCCCUUGACACCAGGUGUUCUGUUUGGGAUUUCACACAACCAGACCAGUUACAGUCAUUGACUUAGUAAAAAAUACACAUAAAGUGCUUAAAAGUGCUUAAUAGAGUUUUUUUUUUAUUAUGUCUCCCCCAGGAGACAUAUUGUUUUUGCCCUAUCCGUCCCUCUGUCCGUCCGUCCUUCCGUCCGUCCGUACGUCACACUUCAUUUCCGAGCAAUAACUGGAGAACCACUUGACCUAGAACCUUCAAACUUCAUAGGGUUGUAGGGCUGCUGGAGUAGACGACCCCUAUUGAUUUUGGGGUCACUCCGUCAAAGGUCAAGGUCACAGGGGCCUGAACAUUGAAAACCAUUUCCGAUCAAUAACUAGAGAACCACUUGACCCAGAAUGUUGAAACUUCGUAGGAUGAUUGGUCAUGAAGAGUAGAUGAACCCUAAUGAUUUUGGGGUCACUCCGUCAAAGGUCAAGGUCACAGGGGCCUGAACAUUGAAAACCAUUUCCGAUCAAUAACUAGAGAACCACUUGACCCAGAAUGUUGAAACUUCAUAGGAUGAUUGAUUAUGAAGAGUAGAUGACCCCUAUUGAUUUUGGGGUCACUCCGUCAAAGGUCAAGGUCACAGGGGCCUGAACAUUGAAAACCAUUUCCGAUCAAUAACUAGAGAACCACUUGACCCCUAAUGUUGAAACUUCAUAGGAUGAUUGGUCAUGAAGAGUAGAUGACCCCUAUUGAUUUUGGGGUCACUCCAUCAAAGGUCAAGGUCACAGGGGCCUGAACAUGGAAAACCAUUUCCGAUCAAUAACUAGACAACCACUUGACCCAGAAUGUUGAAACUUCAUAGGAUGAUUGAUCAUAAAGAGUAAUUGACCCCUAUUGAUUUUGGGGUCACUCCAUCAAAGGUCAAGGUCACAGGGGCCUGAACAUGGAAAACCAUUUCCGAUCAAUAACUAGAGAACCACUUGACCCAGAAUGUUGAAACUUCAUAGGAUGAUUGUACAUGCAAAGUAGAUGACCCCUAUCGAUUUUGGGGUCACUCCAUUAAAGGUCAAGAUCACAGGGGCCUGAACAUUGAAAACCAUUUCCGAUCAAUAACUAGAGAACCACUUGACCCCAAAUGUUGAAACUUCAUAGGAUGAUUGAUCAUGAAGAGUAGAUGACCCCUAUUGAUUUUGGGGUCACUCAAGGUCACAGGGGCCUGAACAUUGAAAACCAUUUCCGGUCAAUAACUUGAGAACCACUUCACCCAGAAUGUUGAAACUUAAUAUGAUGAUUGGUCAUGCAGAGAAGAUGACCCCUAACGAUUUUGGGGUCACUCUGUGAAAGGUCAAGGUCACAGGGGCCCGAACAUUGAAAACCAUUUCCGGUCAGUAACUUGAGAACCACUUGACCCAGAAUGAUGAAACUUCAUUUGAUGAUUGAUCAUGCAGAUUAGAUGACCCCUAACGAUUUUAGGGUCACUCUGUUAAAGGUCAAGGCCACAGGGGUCUGAACAUGGAAAACGAUUUCCAAACAAUAACUUGAGAACCUCUCGACCCAGAAUGUUGAAACUUCAUAGGAUGAUUGUUCAUGCAGAGUAAAUGACCCCUAUUGUUUUUGGGGCCACUCCGUUAAAGGUCAAGGCCACAGGGGCCUGAACAUGGAAAACGAUUUCCAAACAAUAACUUGAGAACCUCUCGACCCAGAAUGUUGAAACUUCAUAGGAUGAUUGUUCAUGCAGAGUAAAUGACCCCUAUUGUUUUUGGGGCCACUCCGUUAAAGGUCAAGGUCACAGGGGCCUGAACAUUGAUAACCAGUUCUGAUCAGUAACUUGAGAACCACUUGACCCAGAAUGUUGAAACUUGAUAGGAUGAUUGAACAUGCAGAGUAGAUGACCCCUAUUGAUUUUGUGGUCAGUCUGUUAAAGGUCAAGGUCACAGUGGCCUGUUCAUGUAAAAUCAUUUUUUGGAAAUAACUUGAGAACCACUUGACCUACAAUGUUGAAACUUAAUAGGAUGAUUGGACAUGCAGAGUAGAUGACCCCUAUUUAUUUUGAGGUCACUUGAUCAAAGGUCAAGGUCACAGGAGCCUGAACAGUGACUUGAGAACCACUAGGCCAAGAGUGUUGAAAUUUAGCGGGAUGACUGGACAUGCCAAGUAGAUGAUCCCUAUUGCAGCCAACCAUCAGUGUCUCUUUGAUUUUUGCUCCUGACCCCUAUUGACUUCUUGCCUAUAGGACUUUGCAUUGGGGGAGACAUGCGCUUUUUUACAAAAGCAUUUUCUAGUUAUUAUUCCACUUUGCAAGACCAGCCCUUGACUAAGUAAAAAAGUAAAAGUUUGUGUCCCAUGAAUCUCAAAAUGUACUUGAUCUAUAGUCAAUUUAGAAGAUUGUUAUAUAGCAUGUGAAGUUGUUUGGGAUAUCACUCAGCUAGGCCAAAGUUAUGGUCCUUCAUUAAGUGAAAAAUGCACAUAAAAUGCUUUAAUGGUUAUGCACAUUAUCUAAAAAAAUAUUUCACAUCAAGUCAUGAAACCAUGUACAGUGACAAGAGAGGGGGCACCUGUGUCCUAUGGACACACAUCUAGGAUCAAAUACUAGGUAACCAGGUCAAAUCAAAGGAAAAGCUUGUUAACACUCUAGAGGUCACAAUUUUGGCCCAAUCUUAAUGAAACUUGGUCAGAAUGUUACCCUCAAUAAAAUCUUGGACGAGUUCGAUAUUGGGUCAUCUGGGGUCAAAAACUAGGUCACUAGGUCAAAUAAAAGGAAAAGCUUGUUAACACUCUAGAGGUCACAAUUUUGGCCCAAUCAUAAUGAAACUUGAUCUGAAUGUUACCCUCAAUAAAAUCUUGGACGAGUUCGAUAUUGGGUCAUCUGGGGUCAAAAACUAGGUCAAUAGGUCAAAUCAAAGGAAAAGCAUGUUAACACUGUAGAGGUCACAUUUAUGACUAUAUCUUCAUGAAACUUGGUCAGAAUGUUAAUCUUGAUGAUUUAAAGGUCCAGUUUGAAUCUGGGUCAUGUAGGUUCAAAAACUAGGUCACUAGGUCAAAUCAAAGGAAAAGCUAGUUAACACUAGAGGCCACAUUUUUGACCAUAACUUAAUGAAACUUGGUCAGAAUGUUAAUCUUGAUGAUCCAUAGGUCAAGUUCAAAUCUUGGUCAGAUGGGGUCAAAAACUAGGUCACUAGGUUAAAUCAAAGGAAAAGCUUGUUAACACUCUAGAGGUCACAGUUUUGGCCCAAUCUUAAUGAAAGUUGGUCAGAAUGUUACCCUCAAUAAAAUCUUGGAUGAGUUUGAUAUUGGGUCAUCUGGGGUCAAAAACUAGGUCACCAGGUCAAAUCAAAGGAAAAGCUUGUAAACACUAGUGGCCACAUUUAUGACCAUAUCUUAAUGAAACUUGGUCAGAAAUGUCCAAUAAUCUUGAUGAUCUUUAGGUCAGGUUUAAAUCUGGGUCAGGUGAGGGUCAAAAACUAGGUCACUAGGUCAAAUCAAAUGAAAAGCUAGUUAACACUUUAGAGGCUACAUUUAUGACCAUAUCUUAAUGAAACUUGGUCAGAUUGUUGAUCUUUAGGUCAGUAGGUCAGGUGAGCGAUACAGGGCCUUCAUGGCCCUCUUGUUUGUUUUGCUAUAAUAUUUACAUUUACCAUUUAUUAAGACAUUAAUAUUGUCUACAUAAUUAUAUUAUUUUUUGUUUUGUAGACUGAAUAAAAGUGGUUAAAAUGA